AUGUCUUCACCGAGUAGGAGGUAUUUUGUUACAUAUCUGGUGCUGGUGCUGUUGGAUUGUUACUGGGAAGCGGUGUCUGGGCAGCUCUCAUACUCAGUAGCAGAGGAGGUAAACCCUGGAACUCACGUCGGAAAUAUCGCAAAGGAUCUAAACCUCAAUGCGCAGGAUUUGGAGUCCCGUUUGUUUCAGAUUGUUAAAGGAUCUAAGAGGAAAUACUUCGAGGUAAAUCUGAAGACUGGAUUUCUGUAUGUUAAUGAAAGAAUAGACCGAGAGGAGCUUUGUGCAGAUGAACCGAAAUGCACUGUAAGUGUAGAGGCAGUGAUAAACAACCCACUAAAGCUUUACCGCCUAGAGAUAGAAAUUAAAGAUGUGAAUGAUCAUUCUCCGUCGUUCAACACUAAAUCACAAAUACUGGACAUCGCAGAGAACACAUUGCCUGGAUUUAGAUUCGCGUUAUCCGAGGCAAGCGAUGCUGAUGUGGGUAACAACUGCGUUAGUGCAUAUAAGCUCAGUCCAAAUGAAUACUUCAGCCUCGCAACACACAAAAGAGGAGACAGUUUAUCUCCAGAGUUAGUGCUGCAGAAAGCCUUAGACCGUGAGAAAAGGCCACAUAUGCAGCUCAUGUUAACUGCGGUAGACGGGGGAACUCCACCAAAUUCAGGCACAUCAGAGAUUGAAAUAAAUGUACUAGAUAUUAAUGAUAACGCCCCGGUGUUCAGCAACACUCUUUACAAAGUUAAAACGUUAGAAAAUAUCCCGAUUGGUACGGUGGUGUUCACCUUAAAUGCGACCGAUGCGGAUGAAGGCGCCAAUAGUGAAAUUGUUUAUUCUCUUCGUAAUAAGGAUCAGGAUCAUAUUCUGGAUAUUUUUCAAAUCGACCCAGACACGGGAAUAAUUUCUGUGAAAGGCAACAUCGACUAUGAAGAAAAAAAAGCUUUUGAGAUCCGAGCAGAGGCAAGGGACAAAGGGCAGCCUCCUAUGUCUGCUCAUAGUAAAGUGCUAGUAGAAGUAAUUGACGUAAACGACAACGCUCCUGAAAUCACUGUGACGUCACUGCUCAAUACAUUGAAUGAGGACGCUGAGUUAGGCACUGCUAUUGCACUUGUGUCAGUAUUAGAUAAAGACAGUGGUAAAAACGGUGAAGUGAAAUGCGAAAUCUUAAAUACAGUCCCGUUCAAACUUGAGACAAAUUACAAAAACUAUUAUUCUUUAGUGGUUGAUGGACAUUUAGACAGAGAAGUAAUUACUAGGUACAAUGUAACCAUUUCAGCUACAGAUGAAGGCAGCCCUCCUCUUUCAAACAUCAGUGUUAUCACUGUUUAUGUUUCUGAUGUUAAUGACAAUGCACCGUACUUCCCGGAAAAGGUGAUAAACAUUUAUGUUAAAGAAAACAGUCCAGUAGGAACAGUAAUUAAAACAGUGACGGCAGUUGAUGCAGAUAUCAGUCAAAAUGGCCAGGUGAGCUAUUCCUUUUUACAAAGUAAAAUGGACUCAGUCCCGUUAUCUACAAUGUUGAACAUCAACUCAGAGACUGGAGAUAUAGUCAGCCUGCAGUCUUUUAACUAUGAGGAGUUAAACACGUUUAAGUUUAAAGUCCAGGCCACAGACUCUGGUGUUCCUCCUCUCAGCAGCAACGUGACUGUGAACGUUUUAAUUCUGGAUGAAAAUGACAAUAAUCCAACAAUUCUCGCGCCCUAUUCUGAGCACGGCUCCGUUAACAGUGAGAGCAUCCCCUAUUCUGCUGAGGCGGGAUACUUUGUGGCAAAGAUCAGGGCUGUAGACGCAGACUCUGGAUACAAUGCGCUGCUUUCUUAUCACCUCUCUGAGCCCAAAGGAAACAACCUCUUCCGGAUCGGAACCAGUAGCGGAGAAAUCAGGACUAAGAGGAGAAUGAGUGACAAUGACCUGAAAACUCACCCCUUGGUGGUGUUGGUUUCUGAUAACGGAGAGCCCUCCCUGUCAGCUACUGUCUCUAUUGAUGUUGUGGUGGUUGAAAGCACAGCUGACAUCCAGACUCAGUUCAGACAUGUGCCCACAAAGGAGGAGAGCUUCUCAGAUUUGAACCUGUAUCUGCUGAUCGCCAUUGUGUCGGUGUCAGUGAUCUUUCUGCUGAGCCUCAUCAGUUUAAUAGCUGUCAAAUGCCACAGGACAGACGGCAGUUUCAGCAGGUACAGCGCCCCAAUGAUCACCACCCACCCUGACGGGAGCUGGUCUUACUCUAAAUCUACUCAGCAGUACGACGUGUGUUUCAGCUCAGACACUAUGAAGAGUGACGUAGUGGUUUUCCCCGGACCGUUUCCUCAAGUAGAUGGUGAACUGAUCAGUAUUAACGGAGGAGACACUUUUACCAGAACUCAGACUUUACCCAAUAAAGACAAGAUAGCUUCAAUGGUUAACAUAAACUCGGAGACUGGAGAUAUAGUCAGCCUGCAGUCUUUUAACUAUGAGGAGUUAAACACGUUUCAGUUUAAAGUUCAGGCCACAGACUCUGGUGUUCCUCCUCUCCGCAGCAACGUGACUGUGAACGUUUUAAUUCUGGAUGAAAAUGACAAUAAUCCAACUAUUCUCGCGCCCUAUUCUGAACAUGGCUCCGUUAACAGUGAGAGCAUCCCCUAUUCUGCUGAGGCGGGAUACUUUGUGGCAAAGAUCAGGGCUGUAGACGCAGACUCUGGAUACAAUGCGCUGCUUUCUUAUCACCUCUCUGAACCCAAAGGAAACAACCUCUUCCGGAUUGGAACCAGCAGCGGAGAAAUCAGGACUAAGAGGAGAAUGAGUGACAAUGACCUGAAAACUCACCCCUUGGUGGUGUUGGUUUCUGAUAACGGAGAACCCUCCUUGUCAGCUACUGUCUCUAUUGAUGUGGUGGUGGUUGAAAGCACAGCUGACAUCCAGACUCAGUUCAGACAUGUGCCCAUACAGGAGGAGAGCUUCUCUGAUUUUAACCUGUAUCUGCUGAUCGCCAUUGUGUCGGUGUCAGUGAUCUUUCUGCUGAGCCUCAUCAGUUUAAUAGCUGUCAAAUGCCACAGGACAGACGGCAGUUUCAGCAGGUACAGCGCCCCAAUGAUCACCACCCACCCUGACGGGAGCUGGUCUUACUCUAAAUCUACUCAGCAGUACGACGUGUGUUUCAGCUCAGACACAAUGAAGAGUGACGUAGUGGUUUACCCCGGACCGUUUCCGCCUGUAGAUGGUGAACUGAUCAGUAUUAACGGAGGGGACACUUUUACCAGAACUCAGACUUUACCCAACAAUGACAAGAAAAAUAUGAGUCGUCAACGACAUAGAGAGGUCGACUUGAUGUUGUGCGCAAUUCUUCUUUGUUUAUCUGACUGGUCUGCUGCUCAGAUUUCCUACUCCGUUUCAGAGGAGGUGGACAAAGGCACAACGGUGGGAAAUCUCGCAAAGGAUUUAAACAUUCACUCGCAGCAACUCGAGGAACGAGGAUUUCGGAUUGUUUCGGGCUACAGUAAGACCUUUUUCGAGGCAAAUUUAAGAACAGGAGCUUUGGUUGUUAACGAUAGAAUAGACCGUGAAGAGCUUUGUCCGAAUCUACCUAAAUGUUCCCUUAAUAUAGAAGGAUUAUUAAGCAAUCCUAUGAAUAUUUAUCGCAUAGAAGUCACUAUACUUGACGUGAAUGAUAACGCACCAUCCUUCCUUGAGCAAACCCAUGUGUUUAAUAUCUCCGAGUCUUCUUCAACGGGAGAGAGAUAUCCGCUCCCAAUAGCUCAGGAUGCAGACACAGGCAGUAAUUCAGUGAAAACCUACAAGCUAAGUCCGAACGAGCAUUUCUCCAUAGAUGUGAGCAGCGGAGGAGACAGUGUUUCCGCCGAGUUAGUGCUGCAGAAAGCAUUAGACCGAGAGAAACAACCAGCCAUUAAACUAACAUUAACCGCUCUCGACGGAGGAAAACCCAUCAGGUCUGGUACCAUGCAGAUUCUUGUGAAUGUGAUAGAUGUUAAUGAUAACACGCCUUUGUUUAGCAAGCCGCUUUAUAAAGUAAGAGUCAGCGAAAAUGCACCCCUCGGUACGACAAUAUUGAAACUAAAUGCGACCGAUUUAGACGAAGGUCCACAUUCAGAUAUCAGAUAUUCUUUAAUGAAAAACGGAAACGCAAACUCUGCCGAAAAAUUCAUUGUUAUUCCUGAAAGUGGUGAAAUCACUGUGAAGGUUCCUUUGGAUUACGAGGAAAGCAAUGCGUAUGAAUUACGAGUACAGGCAACAGAUCAGGGUGCUUCCCCUCGCAGUGGUUAUUCUAAGGUUCUUGUAGAGGUUGUUGAUGUCAACGACAAUUCCCCAGAAAUCUCUAUAACUUCACUGAUGAGUCCAGUAAAGGAAAGUGCUGAAAUUGGAACAGUUGUUGCAUUAGUGACUGUGACUGAUAAAGAUGGAGGUCAAAAUGGCCUUACAAAAUGCAAAAUUGAAGACACAGUACCUUUUACAUUAAAGUCAAAUUACAAGAACUAUUAUUCUUUGACAGUAAACGGUUUUCUUGACAGAGAGAUUGUGUCACAGUACAAUGUAACCAUUACUGCUACAGAUGAAGGUAAUCCGCCUCUAUCAAGCACUGCUAUAAUCACUGUGCACAUUUCGGAUAUUAAUGACAACGCACCACGUUUCCCAGAAUCCAAUAUAAAUAUUUUUGUAGAGGAGAAUAGUAAAGUGGGAGAUAUUAUAACAAGAGCAACUGCACAAGAUUCAGAUGAAAAUGAAAAUGCAAAAUUGACUUAUUCGUUAAUUGAUAAUUAUCCCAACAUUUUUCCAAUUUCAACAGCUGUGAAUAUAAACUCAGAGACUGGAGAUAUAGUCAGCCUGCAGUCUUUUAACUAUGAGGAGUUAAACACGCUUCAGUUUAAAGUCCAGGCCACAGACUCUGGUGUUCCUCCUCUCAGCAGCAACGUGACUGUGAACGUUUUAAUUCUGGAUGAAAAUGACAAUAAUCCAACAAUUCUCGCGCCCUAUUCUGAGCAUGGCUCCGUUAACAGUGAGAGCAUCCCCUAUUCUGCUGAGGCGGGAUACUUUGUGGCAAAGAUCAGGGCUGUAGACGCAGACUCUGGAUACAAUGCGCUGCUUUCUUAUCACCUCUCUGAGCCCAAAGGAAACAACCUCUUCCGGAUUGGAACCAGUAGCGGAGAAAUCAGGACUAAGAGGAGAAUGAGUGACAAUGACCUGAAAACUCACCCCCUGGUGGUGUUGGUUUCUGAUAACGGAGAACCCUCCCUGUCAGCUACUGUCUCUAUUGAUGUGGUGGUGGUUGAAAGCACAGCCGACAUCCAGACUCAGUUCAGACAUGUGCCCACAAAGGAGGAGAGCUUCUCAGAUUUGAACCUGUAUCUGCUGAUCGCCAUUGUGUCGGUGUCAGUGAUCUUUCUGCUGAGCCUCAUCAGUUUAAUAGCUGUCAAAUGCCACAGGACAGACGGGAGUUUCAGCAGGUACAGCGCCCCAAUGAUCACCACCCACCCUGACGGGAGCUGGUCUUACUCUAAAUCUACUCAGCAGUACGACGUGUGUUUCAGCUCAGACACAAUGAAGAGUGACGUAGUGGUUUACCCAGGACCGUUUCCGCCUGUAGAUGGUGAACUGAUCAGUAUUAACGGAGGAGACACUUUUACCAGAACUCAGACUUUACCCAACACAGACAAGGUACGUGUUCUUCAGCUUUACAUGAAGUCCUUUCAGUUGAUGAGGAGCUGUGGUCAGACCCAGCUGGGUGCGGGAUUCCGAGCUUAUUGUACAACGAUGGGAAACGAGGAAUACGCCUGGAUUUAUGUUGUUGCUCUGCUGUGUCUUUGUGGCCGGUCUGCUUCGCAAUUAUCUUACUCCAUUUCCGAGGAGGUGAACAAAGGCACGGUGUUGGGAAAUAUUGCAAAGGAUUUAAACCUCAAAGUACAGGACCUAGAAACCAGGGAUCUACGUAUUGUUUCGAGUUACAGUAAGAAAUAUUUUGACGUGAAUUUACGGACCGGGAACCUCUUUGUUGACGAGAGGAUAGACAGAGAGGAGCUUUGUCCGAACACGGAACAAUGCUCCCUGAGAAUACAGGCUGUUUUAAGCAAUCCCAUGAAUGUUCAUCGUAUUGAGAUCAAUGUUUUAGACAUAAACGAUAACUCACCGGAGUUUAUUGAACAAACGUAUUCGUUGAACAUCUCCGAAUCAAUGUCACCGGGAGAGCGAUAUCUUCUACCAAUAGCAGAAGACGCAGACAUAGGCAGCAACACAGUGAAGAGCUACAAGCUGAGCCAAAAUGAAUAUUUCUCUCUUGAUGUGCAGAGCAGUGGAGAACACGGUGUGUCUGCUGAGUUAGUCCUGCAGAAAGCUUUAGACAGAGAGAAACAGCCUAUAAUUACACUUAUUCUGAACGCAGUAGAUGGAGGAAAACCCACAAGAUCCGGUACACUGCACAUACAUGUCAACGUAAUCGAUGCGAAUGAUAACACACCGAUUUUUAGUAAAUCGCUUUAUAAAGUACGCAUUCGUGAAAAUAUUGCACAAGGUACAGUGAUAAUGAAGUUAAAUGCAACGGAUUUAGACGAGGGCAUGAACAGUAAGAUCCUAUAUUCGUUCAUCAAACGAGGAAAUAUUGAUCCAUCAAAUAUUUUUGAUUUAAAUUCUGAAACAGGAGAAAUCACUGUGAAGGGUAGAUUAGAUUAUGAAGAGACUCCUGCUUAUGAAGUUAGAGUUCAAGCAAAGGAUCAAGGCACUUCUCCUCGUAGUGCUCAUGCUAAACUGCUGAUAGAAAUAAUUGAUGUGAAUGACAAUGCACCGGAAAUAUCUGUGACGUCACUCAUGACCCCAGUAAAAGAAGAUGCAGAAAUGGGCACAAUAGUUGCUUUGGUUACAGUAAGUGAUAAAGAUGGAGGAAACAAUGGUGUGACUAACUGUAAGGUAGUGGGAUCUGUUCCUUUUAAGCUGAAGUCCAACUACAAAAAUGACUAUUCAUUAGUAGUAGAUGGUCCACUGGACAGAGAAAACAUUUCUCUUUACAAUGUCACAAUUACAGCAACAGAUGAGGGAAAUCCACCUCUGUCCAGUAUCAGAGUCAUUACUGUUCAUGUGUCUGAUGUCAAUGAUAAUGCACCUCGAUUUAUGGAGCCUGUGAUUAAUGUUUAUGUGAGAGAAAAUAGUGCAGUAGGCUCUGUUAUUCAUGCAAUACGUGCCUUUGAUCCUGAUUUAGACAGAAAUUCAAAGCUGACUUACAAGUUGUUAGAUAGUUCUCCAAAAAAUAUUCCUAUUUCAUCCGUUUUAAACAUCAACUCAGAGACUGGAGAUAUAGUCAGCCUGCAGUCUUUUAACUAUGAGGAGUUAAACACGUUUCAGUUUAAAGUCCAGGCCACAGACUCUGGUGUUCCUCCUCUCAGCAGCAACGUGACUGUGAACGUUUUAAUUCUGGAUGAAAAUGACAAUAAUCCAACAGUCCUCGCGCCCUAUUCUGAGCAUGGCUCCGUUAACAGUGAGAGCAUCCCCUAUUCUGCCGAGGCGGGAUACUUUGUGGCAAAGAUCAGGGCUGUAGACGCAGACUCUGGAUACAAUGCGCUGCUUUCUUAUCACCUCUCUGAACCCAAAGAAAACAACCUCUUCCGGAUUGGAACCAGUAGCGGAGAAAUCAGGACUAAGAGGAGAAUGAGUGACAAUGACCUGAAAACUCACCCCUUGGUGGUGUUGGUUUCUGAUAACGGAGAACCCUCCCUGUCAGCUACUGUCUCUAUUGAUGUGGUGGUGGUUGAAAGCACAGCUGACAUCCAGACUCAGUUCAGACAUGUGCCCACAAAGGAGGAGAGCUUCUCUGAUUUGAAUCUGUAUCUGCUGAUCGCCAUUGUGUCGGUGUCGGUGAUCUUCCUGCUGAGCCUCAUCAGUUUAAUAGCUGUCAAAUGCCACAGGACAGACGGCAGUUUCAGCAGGUACAGCGCCCCAAUGAUCACCACCCACCCUGAUGGGAGCUGGUCUUACUCUAAAUCUACUCAGCAGUACGACGUGUGUUUCAGCUCAGACACAAUGAAGAGUGACGUAGUGGUUUUCCCCGGACCGUUUCCGCCUGUAGAUGGUGAACUGAUCAGUAUUAACGGAGGAGACACUUUUACCAGAACUCAGACUUUACCCAACACAGACAAGGUAGGCAAUUGUGUCAGUGGUGGGGAACACGGUGUGUCUGCUGAGUUAGUGCUGCAGAAAGCUUUAGACAGAGAGAAACAGUCGGUAAUCAGACUUAUCUUGACGGCUGUGGAUGGAGAGACUGGAGAUAUAGUCAGCCUGCAGUCUUUUAACUAUGAGGAGUUAAACACGCUUCAGUUUAAAGUCCAGGCCACAGACUCUGGUGUUCCUCCUCUCAGCAGCAACGUGACUGUGAACGUUUUAAUUCUGGAUGAAAAUGACAAUAAUCCAACAAUUCUCGCGCCCUAUUCUGAGCAUGGCUCCGUUAACAGUGAGAGCAUCCCCUAUUCUGCUGAGGCGGGAUACUUUGUGGCAAAGAUCAGGGCUGUAGACGCAGACUCUGGAUACAAUGCGCUGCUUUCUUAUCACCUCUCUGAGCCCAAAGGAAACAACCUCUUCCGGAUUGGAACCAGUAGCGGAGAAAUCAGGACUAAGAGGAGAAUGAGUGACAAUGACCUGAAAACUCACCCCUUGGUGGUGUUGGUUUCUGAUAACGGAGAACCCUCCCUGUCAGCUACUGUCUCUAUUGAUGUGGUGGUGGUUGAAAGCACAGCUGACAUCCAGACUCAGUUCAGACAUGUGCCCACAAAGGAGGAGAGCUUCUCAGAUUUUAACCUGUAUCUGCUGAUCGCCAUUGUGUCGGUGUCAGUGAUCUUUCUGCUGAGCCUCAUCAGUUUAAUAGCUGUCAAAUGCCACAGGACAGACGGCAGUUUCAGCAGGCACAGCGCCCCAAUGAUCACCACCCACCCUGACGGGAGCUGGUCUUACUCUAAAUCUACUCAGCAGUACGACGUGUGUUUCAGCUCAGACACAAUGAAGAGUGACGUAGUGGUUUACCCCGGACCGUUUCCGCCUGUAGAUGGUGAACUGAUCAGUAUUAACGGAGGAGACACUUUUACCAGAACUCAGACUUUACCCAACACAGACAAGUUUGAUUUUGCGGGAUUCCGAGCUUAUUGUACAACGAUGGGAAACGAGGAAUACGCCUGGAUUCAUAUUGUUGCUCUGCUGUGUCUUUGUGGCCGGUCUGCUUCGCAAUUAUCUUACUCCAUUUCCGAGGAGGUGAACAAAGGCACGGUGUUGGGAAAUAUUGCAAAGGAUUUAAACCUCAAUGUACAGGACCUAGAAACCAGGGAUCUACGUAUUGUUUCGAGUUACAGUAAGACAUAUUUUGACGUGAAUUUACGGACCGGGAACCUCUUUGUUGACGAGAGGAUAGACAGAGAGGAGCUUUGUCCGAACACGGAACAAUGCUCCCUGAGAAUACAGGCUGUUUUAAGCAAUCCCAUGAAUGUUCAUCGUAUUGAGAUCAAUGUUUUAGACAUAAACGAUAAUUCACCGGAGUUCAUUGAGCAAACGUUUUCGUUAAACAUCUCCGAAUCAAUGUCACCGGGAGAGCGAUAUCUUCUACCUAUUGCAGAGGACGCAGACACAGGCAGCAACACAGUGAAGAGCUACAAGCUGAGCCAAAAUGAAUAUUUCUCUCUUGAUGUGCAAACCGCUGGAGAAGAUGGUGUGUCUGCCGAGUUAGUGCUGCAGAAAGCUAUAGACAGAGAGAAAAAGCCUGUAAUUAAUCUUCUCCUCACCGCUGUAGAUGGAGGAAAACCUACAAGAUCCGGUACACUGCACAUAAAUGUCAACGUAAUGGAUGCGAAUGAUAACACACCGAUUUUUAGUAAAUCGCUUUAUAAAGUAAGCGUACGUGAAAAUACUGCACAGGGUACAGUGGUAAUGAAGUUAAAUGCAACGGAUUUAGACGAGGGCAUGAACAGUAAGAUCCUGUAUUCUUUAAUAAAACGAGGAAAUACUGAUCCAUCAAAUAUAUUUGAUUUAAAUUCUGAAACAGGAGAAAUCACUGUGAAGGGUAGAUUAGAUUACGAAGAGACUCCUGCUUAUGAAGUUAGAGUUCAAGCAAAGGAUCAAGGCACUUCUCCUCGUAGUGCUCAUGCUAAACUGCUGAUAGAAAUAAUUGAUGUGAAUGACAAUGCCCCAGAAAUAUCUGUGACGUCACUCAUGACCCCAGUAAAAGAAGAUGCAGAAAUGGGCACAAUAGUUGCUUUGGUUACAGUAAGUGAUAAAGAUGGAGGAAGCAAUGGUGUGACUAACUGUAAGGUAGUGGGAUCUGUUCCUUUUAAGCUGAAGUCCAACUACAAAAAUGACUAUUCAUUAGUAGUAGAUGGUCCACUGGACAGAGAAAACAUUUCUCUUUACAAUGUCACAAUUACAGCAACAGAUGAGGGAAAUCCACCUCUGUCCAGUAUCAGAGUCAUUACUGUUCAUGUGUCUGAUGUCAAUGAUAAUGCACCUCGAUUUAUGGAGCCUGUGAUUAAUGUUUAUGUGAAAGAAAAUAGUGCAGUAGGCUCUGUUAUUCAUGCAAUACGUGCCUUUGAUCCUGAUUUAGACAGAAAUUCAAAACUGACUUACAAGUUGUUAGAUAGUUCCCCAAAAGAUAUUCCUAUUUCAUCCGUUUUAAAUAUCAACUCAGAGACCGGAGAUAUAGUCAGCCUGAAGUCUUUUAACUAUGAGGAGUUAAACACGUUUCAGUUUAAAGUCCAGGCCACAGACUCUGGUGUUCCUCCUCUCCGCAGCAACGUGACUGUGAACGUUUUAAUUCUGGAUGAAAAUGACAAUAAUCCAACAGUCCUCGCGCCCUAUUCUGAGCACAGCUCCGUUAACAGUGAGAGCAUCCCCUAUUCUGCUGAGGCGGGAUACUUUGUGGCAAAGAUCAGGGCUGUAGACGCAGACUCUGGAUACAAUGCGCUGCUUUCUUAUCACCUCUCUGAGCCCAAAGGAAACAACCUCUUCCGGAUCGGAACCAGCAGCGGAGAAAUCAGGACUAAGAGGAGAAUGAGUGACAAUGACCUGAAAACUCACCCCUUGGUGGUGCUGGUUUCUGAUAAUGGAGAACCCUCCCUGUCAGCUACUGUCUCUAUUGAUGUGGUGGUGGUUGAAAGCACAGCUGACAUCCAGACUCAGUUCAGACAUGUGCCCAUAAAGGAGGAGAGCUUCUCAGAUUUGAACCUGUAUCUGCUGAUCGCCAUUGUGUCGGUGUCAGUGAUCUUUCUGCUGAGCCUCAUCAGUUUAAUAGCUGUCAAAUGCCACAGGACAGACGGCAGUUUCAGCAGGUACAGCGCCCCAAUGAUCACCACCCACCCUGACGGGAGCUGGUCUUACUCUAAAUCUACUCAGCAGUACGACGUGUGUUUCAGCUCAGACACAAUGAAGAGUGACGUAGUGGUUUUCCCCGGACCGUUUCCGCCUGUAGAUGGUGAACUGAUCAGUAUUAACGGAGGGGACACUUUUACCAGAACUCAGACUUUACCCAACAAUGACAAGGUAGGCAAUUGUGUGCUGAAUGCUCAUGGAACUUGA